UACCCUGCCCCUGCCGGCGCUUCUUUCCUCUUCAGUUCCAACUUCUCUUCUCAGUUGUCAGUUGUUACCCUGCAACCAUGGCCGUUGUUGCUUCAUCCGCCAGUCGUAUCCUCUCUCUGACGAUUCGUUCACUUCUGCUAGAGUUUUGCUUCCCAUGUUCUCAAUCGAUCGCUUUCCUUGUAUCCAUUGCAAUACUCCAAUUCCUUGUGUGAACUUUAUCUUCCUCCCAAAUGGUUUCUUAAGGGUUUGGAUUUGAGGUUUUAGAUGUGCGUAACUGGUUGCUUUUAUUCUUUAUUUUCUGUAGUAUGAUGCAGAGGCUUAGAAAUGGAAGUUACGAUUGGUGGGAAUGAAAUAGCUUGCUGAUAUUGUCCCAAACUAGAAGGAAUAGGCUGUGCGAGCACGCUCGUGCUAGUUUCAUUUUUUGUUUCAUUUCUGGACGUGUGUUUAAGUUCUGGGAGGUAAGAGCCACUGCUGUUCCCUAUGACCUUUGGGGUGAGCUUCAUUUGUCAACAGGAGUGUCUUUUGCGUCGGAAAUCGAGGCAGAUUUGAACUUUUUUAUUGGAGCUCUUGGUUUGUUUGUUGGUUGUAUUCCUUUACUCAUCUCGUUACAGAAGCUGCAGAUUUACUGGAGAACCUGUCAUUGGAAUCUCAAACAAAGAUUACAGAUAUUUCAAAUCAUGUAAGGAAAGUAUGUAAGCAUCUCUGUUUUGAUAUUUUUUUCACUGUUCCUUUCUUUCUUUCAUUAUUGAUCCGAUGCUAAAUUUGUUUGGUACAGUCUACUGAUGGGUGUGGAGCAAUUGACUUGACUAGUAAUCCAGCCAAGCAAUUGCCUCGCUCAGCAAGCCCUUUUCAUGUUAACCCAAGCCCUUACUAUUUCCACAAUCCUUAUUACUAUGGGGGUAAGCUGAGAACCAAGAUGAAUCACCAUUCCUGGGAAGUAACUGAAACUUACUUGGUUACUCUUGUUAAUUGUUCUUCCUUGUUUAGGGUAUGAUGGACUUGGCAAUGACUGGAAUGACUUUAGUAGAUCUGUAACUCCUGAUGGAGUUGAGAUGCAACAUGUUAGUUCUAUAAAUGCUUUUUUAUCUCAAGUGAUUACCUCCUGUUGGUAGGAUUGCGAAGAAGUGAUAUUGAAUGAAUGUCUUCAGUUUAUGAUGAAUGGUUUACUCAAUGGCAGGGUAUGUUUCAUGACAACGAUGCUGCUAUGUUCUCCCAAGGUUAUGGUUAUCUGCCUUUUGGAUCAUAUAUGCCUCCGCCAGAUAGCCAUCUGCAGGGUACACAGCAAUAUCCUUCUUCAGAUAAUACCCUUCACUCUUACAGCCAUGUUGGUUCCCUUCCAACAAAGAUUCAAGCUAAAGCCACCUGUGACAAAGUACCCUUGGGUGUUGGAACGGCAACUGGGGGGAAUGCUGGAGGUCUGGGUAAAAAUAAUGGAAAACCUUUCAAACCAAGUACCCAAAAUUAUUUUUUAAAAUCAGGUGUUCCUUAUAAAAAUGGAAGUGGCAGAACAACUUAUCCUCCAUCAAGUUAUCAGGAUCUGUGGCCGGGUUAUGGUGGAUUUCAGUCAUUCCCCUGGUUGGAUGCUCCUGUGCUUUCUAAUGGGCCAUCAAAACAUGGAAGUGGUGGCGGUUUCUCUUCAGGGCUGGUAUGUGGAUCCUUUCUGUAUCUGUUUUUCUUAAGGUCUUUUCCUUUUCCUUGUGGACAACGUUUUCUUUAAAGUCAUAACCUUGAUCAGCUAUAAUUUUGUUAAUCCAAUGAUAGUAAUACAUCUGGGAGGCAACUACUGAGAUGAUGUCUCACUUGGUGACCAUUCUGUUUUAUGUUUAGAGUUUUGUUUCCCAAUUUAAUUGUUAAAAGCUAUUGGAAAAUGAAAGAUGACAUAUAAUGCUUCACAUUAGUAUAUUUUGUAUUUAUAUUCAUACAAUAGAGUGAAUUAGUUUCGAUUACCAACAUAGUAUAUUUAUGUUAGUCGUGGGGUAAUUUCAGAAUUCACAAUCAACAAGACCUACUUCUGCCUUUGGCAAAGGUACUGGAUACAUGAUGUACCCACCUAAUGGGAUGUAUGGUCCUUAUGGAUCUGUUGGCUAUAACUCCUGGACAAAUGGGCAUGGUUGAAUGGUUGUCGAUAAUAAGUACAAAUCAAAAUGUCGUGGCUAUGGCAAUGAGAAUAUAGACGGGUUAAGUGAGUUGAACAGGGGACCUAGGGCCAAGAGUUUUAAGAACCACAAGGAGAUAGCUACUGGCACCGAAGCUGCUGUUGAGGGGCAAAACAUUCCAGCAACCGAGACUAAUAUAGAGGAGAAGUUUGAACAGUAUAACAGGGAAGAUUUCAAGGAGGACUAUACAGAAGCCCGAUUCUUUGUCAUGAAAUCAUACAGUGAAGACGACGUACAUAAGAGUAUCAAAUAUGGUGUUUGGACUAGCACACUUAAUGGAAAUAAAAAGCUGGAUGGAGCUUAUCAGGAAGCCCAAGCAAAUCCUGGCGCUGGCCCCAUAUUUUUACUAUUUUCUGUAAACACGAGUGGGCAAUUUGUUGGCUUGGCUGAGAUGAUUGGUCGUGUUGAUUUUGACAAAACUGUGGAGCACUGGCAGCAAGAGAAAUGGAAGGGAUGCUUCCCUGUGAAGUGGCAUAUUGUUAAGGACAUACCAAACAGUUCUUUGAGACACAUUACACUUGAGAACAAUGAAAACAAACCUGUAACUAAUAGUCGGGACACUCAGGAGGUCGUCAGUGAGAAGGGCAUUAAGAUUCUAAAAAAUUUCUAGAGUUAUGUGGUGAAGACAUCUAUCUUGGAUGAUUUUGGGUUUUAUGCAGCUCGUGAGAGGGUAAUGCAAGAGAGAAGGGCUAGGCAGAGGACUCAAAGGCAGGUAAGAAUGUGUCCUGCAAUGUCUACCGUGUCCUUUGAUUGUCCUACAAUCAGCCUGUUAAGCGUCAACGACUUCCCAUUUUUAUGAACAUAGGUCUCUGAAGGUAAACCCGGUGUGAAUGUGAUUCCUGACGGAGCUGCUCUGAAGCAUCCGGAAAAGGAUGGAUCGAAUGGAGUAAUCGGAGUAGCUGGUGUGGAUGUGAAAUCGGUUGUCGACUCGCAUGAGACCAAAGCUACCGCUGCAAAUCUGGUUGCAGGUGGCUGCUAAUUUUGUAGCUAAGGGUUUUAGAGAGUAGGUAUCAAGGGUGACUGAAUUCCUGGACUUUUGAUAGUGAAUUGGCUAAUUGGCUAUUUCUGCAAGCACUGAAAGUGUAACUGAAAAAGUGGUUAGGACAUUGUUUCUAACAAAAUACGAUGGUAACUAGACACCACAUUUUGUCGAGGGAGGGUUGCGACGGAAAUAAAAUACGACAAUGGUA